UCUUCUGCAGAUGUUUUCAGUGCUCGGACUGAGGGGAAUUCACGCUAAGAUAACAGCCUGAAGCUCUACACUUAAACCUGUUUCAAUGCACUCAUCGACGUUAUAGAGAUACCAGAGUCUCCAAGAUAACAUACAGUAUUGGGUUAUGGCGACCAAUACCGGUGAUGAUGAGUUUGAUGAAUAUGAUAAGCCUGGUGCUGAAAGGUCAAGAAGACGAAGAGGAGAUGACGACGAUGACUUGGAGAGUGAUCUGGAGGAAGACUUACUUGAAGAAGAUUGGCUGUUGUCAAAAAAGAACCCAUCAGAGCUUUCAGAUGAGGAGCUGAACGAUGACCUCUUGCAAAGUGACGAAGAGGACCAAAUUGAAAGUGGCCAGGGUGAAGUUUUGAGUUUAAAUGCAACCCUGGGUCUGGAGACCUCAGGCCAAGUUCAGGAUGAAGACACUGAAGGGGGCCAAUAUACAGAAGAGGCCUUUGAACAGACGGUUGGGCAAGAGGGUUUAGCUAAUGAUGAGAAUGAGGAGUACCAAGCAGAGGAGGAAGGGAUGGAAUACACAGGAGAGCAGAAUUAUGAUGGAUAUCAAGAUGAAGUGCUGGACCUACAGAUCGAUGAGCCACUGGAUGAUGAUUUUCAAGUGGAUGACUAUCCGGCUGAGUAUAGUGAAGAGCAGCAGGAACAGCAGACUGACCAACAGGAAGUUGAAAAGGAACAUGAGGAUGAAACAGAGUAUGGCUCUCAGGUCCCAGAAUUAGAAGAGGCAGAAAAUGACCCUGUAGCUGAAGCUGAGCCUGACCAGGACAUGGAUGUGAAGGAAGAGUCUGAUGAGGAAGAGGAAGAUGAUGAGGAAUCUGGCCGCCUGCGAUUUAAAACAGAGCGCAAAGAUGCCACCGUAGUUAGGCUGUCAGAUGCCACUACUAAAAGAAGGAACAUCCCAGAGACAUUAGAGCUCUCUGAGGAAGCUAAAGCAGACCUGCAAGAGUUUGAAGAAAAGGAACGUCAGAGGAAGCAGGGCCGUUUUGGAGGGCAAGGGAGAGGUGGAAUGCGAGCAGAUGGAGGAAGAGGAGGAAUGGCAGGUAGAGGAGGGGUCAGGGGAAGAGGAGGACAAGGAGGCGGUGGAAGAUGCGAAUUCCCUCCUUUUGGAAUGGGGAAUUUCCAUGGAGUUGGAGGGCGAGGGAGAAUAAAUGAGCAAAGGCCUCCACUGAUGCAAAUGAACUUGGGGAUGCAGCAGCUCAGAAUGACUCCUCCACUCCAACAUCAUCAACAAUCUCGUCUGACUGUCCAUAGAGGUGCUGGAGGUCCAGGGCUUUUUCCAGAACCAGGCGCCUCACUCCCUCAGCAGCCAUUGCAGCUGUUGAUGCCACACCUGGCCCACCGUUCGCCUGGGCCAUCUCCCAGAGCCCAACACGACACACACGGACUGCGCAUAUUGAGCUCACUGCCACGGCACGCAACCCCACACCCCAACCAGCACCAGCAGCAUCAACAGCACCAACAGCACCACUCCAAGAACAUUCACAUCAACCCUCACUUCAGAGGACCUUCCUCCUCACCUGUGCAAGUUCCCUCAAUGCCUCCUGUGCAGAACCAACCAAGGACAAACAUCGCUCCACAGAGACUCACAGCUCCUCCUGAUUUUCAGCGGCAUCUCCAAGGGAAUUUUGGACCACCUCAGCGGCCCCUGCUCCCCCAGGAGCAAUGGAGAGGAUCACUACCUUCUCAUCAGGAUCGAGAACACUUCUUCACUGGUGAACCUCGUUUUCCCGGCCAGCACCAGUUUGAUCAGGCUGGCCCUCCCCCCCUCAUGAAUAACAAUGUUCUUCCGAUGUCGGGACAAGGCCCUCUGCCUUUCCCCCCACAAGGGGGGCUUGGAGGUUCUUUAUUUGGUCCUCUAGGACUUGGGCAAAGCCAAGGGCCUCAGGGAGGUGGUGUUUUCCAGAGAGAGUCCCCACGUCAGAGUCUGGCCCCACAGCAUGCAGGCGCCCCUGGACCACGUGGCUUUGUGGGUCACAGACAACCCUUCUCUCCCCAGCAGCAGGGACCCCCCUUUAGCCCUCAGAACAUGCCGUUUGGUAUGCAGGUACGGCAGAGAGGUCUAAUGCAGCAGCACUCUCAGCCCCUGCACCAUGAUUCUCCACUAUCCCAUCAGCACUUAAACCAGCAGCAGCACCAGCAACACAGACAGGACUUGCUCCCCCAGGGCCUGCCUCACUCCCAGCCACUGCCCCAACACCAACAGCUCUACCAACACCACCCAAGGGACCAACAUCCCACUGUGCACCUCUCCCAGCCUCAUUUCUGCCAACCUGUUCAAAGUGGGCAUAGACCAAUGCAGCCCCGCCCACAGGGAAUCCAGCAGCGAAACAACCCUCCCAGACCCAGAAUGAUAUCUCCUUCUCCCCUGCAGAAGAUCCCACCUCAGCGCAACAGCAACCUUCGUGAGCUGCCCAUUGCUACUGGCAACAAUAAUGUCAACUUGUCAGUGCCUAGUGAACAAGCAAAGCAAGUUACCAGGGCAACACAGAAUGUUAGGCCAGGACAACCUGUUCGUGCUGUACCUGCAGGAAGAGGAGGACCUGUGGCACAAAGGCAGGGUGCUGCCAAAGUACUGCAGCAGCCCAGUGCACCUCAAAUGAAGAAAGAGCAGCCAGCUGCACAGUCAAGCACCACUCCAGAGGACCCAGAUGAAGAUGAGGAGACACGUCAGUACCGGCUAAAGAUUGAGGAACAGAAGCGUCUGCGAGAAGAGAUCCUCAAGCACAAAGAGAUGCGCAGGCAGCAGCAGGCUGGUGUUCGGAAAAAAGAACUGAUGGAAAGAAUCAGUGGUCAGAGCCAAAACCAGACCUCACAAACCCAAAACCCCACACAGAUCCCCAUAGCCCAAUGCCCUUCUCAACCCCCGCAACAGCUCCCUUUAUUGUCCUCUAAUGGUACAACCCAGAACCCUUCUUCAGGUCUGAGCACCCCUCAUGAGAAUGUUAAAGCCCGUCUACAGAACACUAAAGCUCAGACACUGGCUUCAGGCUGGUCUGGGGCACAGCAGCAACAGAAAACUGGUCCUCCUGUCAGCCAGCAGGGCCAAUGGCAGCCACAGCAGAAGAAGACCAUAAAUCCACAGAACACUCAAGGACAGGGCAAUGUUCAGACUAACCCAACUGUAGGGCAAAGCCUGGGUCAACCUCAACCGGGGGGAAAGAGAACAGUGAUGCAGCGUACAAACAGUGUGGAAUCACCACAGGUUCCACAGAAAGUUCGAGUGAUUAAGCUUUUAGGGGAGGCAGAUGCUGGUCCUAACCCUGGUGCCCCACCUCAGCAGCAACUUCAGCAGCCAAUUGGUCGGCCUGCCCCCCAACAGAGGCUCAGUCCCAGCAGGAAAGUUACCAUGGCAACUGGCACUGUACAAAAUCAACAGGCUGGCCGUGGCAUGGCAAACCAAACAAACCGGGUGGUAGUUCGGGGUCGAGGACGAGGCCGUGGUGUGGGGCGUGCAAUGAUGCAACAGAACCCAAGACCUCAGGAUGGUCAGCGCAGCACCGUCUGCAUUGAGGGUUUGUCUACCACCACCACCAACAAACAGCUCAUGAACUUGCUCAACUCUAUUGGUCCUGUUGAGAGGUUUACAAUGUUUCCCGAGCAGCAGAAAGCCAUCGCCAAAUUUGUGAACCCACAGCAUGCAGUGAGUUUUCAGCACAGCUUUCACAGGCACAUGAUAGAUUUGUCUCACAUCGAUGUAUCCAUUAUUGAUGGCUGAGGAACAAGUCAGUUCAACAGAAGAGAAGAAAAGACAAGUGAGCAAGAAGCUUUUCUGUACAAUGGAUGCACAAGCAGGAGGCCAAAGCUGAGGAAGCUGUGAGGAAAGUGAUGUCGUCAAACUCAAGCCACUUGCCUGACAGAACCAAAAACAAAGAGCCAAAACACUAGCAGUGUCCUGCUGAACAUGGCAGCAGUGGAACUGGUGUUGACAAUGACUUUGACAUGAAGUCUCGAUCUUCUUUUUGUAUCUUCAUUAGUAAUGGGAAAGUAGUAAAUAGUUGGGAAACUCUUGAAGUGAAAAGAGACAUGAGGUAUAAAGCCAGGGCUUUUUAUGUGACUGUUGAUAAUAGUUGCUCCCAUCCUGUUGCUUGUGAGACAAACAUUAACAAUUUUGAAUGGCUUAUUUUUGUCAAGGGAUUUAAGAAUUCUUGCUGCUUUGGAUUUUCAUCAGUCAUUGAUUUGACAAAGUGGCCUCACUUUGUAUUGUUCUGCAGUUGUUGGUGCCACCAGUAGAGGGCAGCAUUUGAAUGCAAAUGUGUGCUGUGUGGAGCUCUUCGGAUUGUGGCAGUUGGACAUCACUGUGAAAAGCACUGCUUUGCCUUGCAGAGAAAUUGAAGUGAGCCUGUUGUGGGACUUCAGGGUCGUGUUUGGUUGCUGUUUCAUUAGUUACGUAACUUUCAGAAGCCACUGUGAGAUUGCAAGCCACUCAUAUUUGUGCAUUUGUCCCAUGACCGUCAAUGCUAAGUUUAUUCAUUUUCCAUUUCACCAUUAUAUUUCUGUUCCAGUUUUGCUUUAGGUUGGUUUUUGUUCUGUAGAGCAUGGCUUGUGAGUCUUUCUUUCCUAGAGACAUGAUCUUUUCAGUGUUCAAAAUUAUUUGUCAGUAAAUGGCUUUUAUUCUUUGAUUUUAAGUUUAGAUGCUAUAGUAUAUUUAGAUUGUUUUAAUUGUUGACAAUGGCUUCUAAGAAAGUAUUAAAUGCUGGCAUCAGUCAUAAAGCAUUUCAUGCCCCAUACUCCCUUUUAAAGUGUUCGUUUUUCAUUUCUCAACAUUUUGCACAUAUUGUGCAUGAAGGAGAAUGAUAGAAUCAUGGCCCAUGUAACGAUUCCAUAGGAUUUUAUUGUGUCAUUCCGUUUGCUUACAUGAUCCGGAUUAUCUAGUGCACUAGCACUACAUGUAACUGUCCUGUUUACAAAAACGACUUUUUGUUAUUUGGGCUAUUCAUAUUGCGUGUAUGUUAGAACUUUUGUUUCUAAUCAAGUGGUCUGUUGUUUUGAAGUUUGUCAGGGGGGGUAUUACGGGUCACUAAUUGAAUUAUAGAUAAAGAGAUUGCCCAUUGUCAACUGUCAGGUGACCUUCAAGAAACCUUAGUCUUGAAAUUUGUUACCUAAGGCUUAGAUUUUUGGAAGAUGGAUUUUUGGAACACAUGCUUUAUGCAGAAAUCGUCAGUAUCCAGUUAACAUAUUGCAUCAUACUAAUAAUCAGCAUUCACUCUGGAUUUCCAAGCUUAAAUUAUGAUUCAAUUAAUUAUUAUUAUUAUUAUUAUUAUUCUUGAUAGUCCAUCCCUACUGUGUAAGCAUUCUAGUUUGUUUAGUCUAACUGCACAGCUUAACCUAAACAUUCACACCUUUCUUCGAUGUAGUUCAUUAUAAUGUUCAUAUGUGUGAUGAUAAAUUCAAUCUCUCCACUUACAUUAUAAGUUACUUGUGUAUCAAAAACAAGAUCUUGUUAUAUUAUAUGGAGUGUCUUGUAGAAGUCUCUAAUACAUAAGAGCCACCUCAAAGAGUACAAGACAGAAUAAGGAUUUCUGUAGCUAUUUGCACAUGCUACGAUUUCAAAGGAUUAUGGAGCAACUAUUAUCAGUGGCCUCUUAUGUAUAUGAAGGGGAAAAAAUAUUUGUAUGAAGCUGUCCUUUGAAGUCCAUUGUUUUCUCAUCUUGAAAUCUUUCCAUGUUUGAAAGUAGUUUGAAAAUACCUCUUGGUAUGUGACAAGUAAAUAUAUUUUCUCAGUUUGAUUUUAUAUAGAACUAUAAAAAAAACUAUUUCUUGGUCAUUUUACAACAGUUUUGUUUAUGAAAUACUUUAAGCUUAUUAUUUGAGGACAUUUUAAAGAAAAAAAUAAAAGAUGGUCAUGUAUAUACCAUGUAAAUAUGGGUAUGUGAAGCCAACUAACUCUAUCACCCUUAACUGUUGUCUGAUGUGCAUUUGUGUUUAAAGAUUCUCCUUGCAAUUUAAAAAGUGCUUUUUAUUAUCUGAAGAUAGUAUUCUCUUUUUCCUAAUUCUUCGUCCCCCUAAAUGUUUCUCUCUAUUCUGCCAAUUGUAGAAAUUGAUUUUUCUGGGGAAAUGAUAUUGUUCUUAGUAAGGUGCAACCACUGAUCUCAAGUCAGGUUUUGGUGAUUAUGCUCAGACAUAAUAGCCCAAGGUUUUGGCCACACUGAGUGUAUUUAGUUCAUUUUGUAAAGCUGCUACCCUUAACCACCCACUUGUUUUAAGAAGUACUUUUAAUUUGCUAACUUACCCUCUUUUAUUAUAGCGUGGUUAAUUCCAGUGCACUUUUUGUUUAUUUUGAUUAUUUGCGUCUUGAGUUUCUAGGAAUAAUAGAAAUAUACACAACGGGUAAGAUUGUGAAUAAUGUUAAAGAAGUUUAUGGAUCUAAACUUCUUUCUUUUUUUCUUUUUUUUUUUUGCUGAAAGUUGCAUAACGCACAGUUGAUUUGUUUGCCCAGUUGCACAAGUUUAUCCAUUUUAUUGGAUUUGUUACUUUUUUUACUAUAUAUAUAGAGAGAGAGAGAGAGAGAGAGAGAGAGAGAGAGAGAGAGAGUGAAUCUUGUGGAUUUAAAGAGUUUCAGCUAGGCUGAAUAAUGUUUCUUAAGACACCUUUUCUAAGUCUUAUAAGACGUGACAUUUAUAAAUUGCUUGUCUUAUAAGAGAAAAACUGAUUCACAUUGAACUUUUAACUAGUAACUUCAUUGUAAAUAUAGCAUUUAAAAAAACUGUAGAGUUGGGGAAAAAAAAAUAUUUUUCCAAAGUAAUAUCUCAAGUGAUGUAAAUUUAAGUUUUUAGAGGUUCUCUUAAAUUGUUUUUAGAAAACUUAUUGCUCAGAUACUUUAGACACCCUGUUUGGUGUAAAAUUAUGUAUUAUGUAAUAUAGAUAAGAAUAGGCUACAUUUUGACUUAUUGAUUGUGUUUUUAUUUUUUUAUUUUAUUUAGUUUUGUUUAUGUCUGUCAAUGAAGUGUCUGGCACACUCAAAUAUUUUUUAUAUGGAUCCUGCUGCUUUUGUAAUUGGCAAUUGGCCAGUAUUUUUAAAGGACCAGUGUAGCCUAUUGUUUCAAAUUAAAAAAGUUUAUUUAUAUAAUGGUAGCCUAAGUGUAAGACCAGAAAUGUAGCAUUUUCUCCCAUAAAAAUGGGAAGAAAUGGUGACUUUCAAAUUCAGGUGCUCCUUUUGCUUAACCAUUUUUGCCUUUUUUACUCAAAUAUUUGUGUGUGUGGUUUUUUUAGCAUCAACACAAGCUUCCCAUUGGCAGCAGUAUGUAAUUUAACCAAUCUUCUUUCUAUUCCAGGACAGAGCUUCCAGAAACACAGGAAGGAGGGUUUUUCCAUAAAAUAAAUGUACUGUAGCCCUUUUUUCAUUUUAAGAUUUAAUAUGCAUUGGUUCUCAAAAGGACAUUUUAGCUGUGUCGAUUGUUAAUACUAACAUUACUUUAUUUGUUUGUAAAUCCUUUGAUUUUAUAGUUUCAUUUGUGCUGCAAAGUAACUGAAAAGUUGUUAACUAUUUUGUGGCUAACGUGCCAACAUUCCAUUUGUUGGACGAUAAUUAUCACAGUAAGGUUGAAUCAUGCACAAGUUCUAAUUAAUUGUAAUGAAAUUCUGUAUAGCUGUGUAGCUAUGUUGGACAUGUGGUGGAGUCAUCCUGUGGCAUGAUUUGAGAAAGGUAAACCUUGCAUAUGUACAUUAUAACAUGGUGUGAGUGGACAUGACCUGACGAGACCAUGUUUUGAGAAUAGACAGACUAUUUCAGACUAGCAAACAACAGUUUCUGGUGCCAUGGAUAUCUAUGGCACAUGGUGGGAUAAUGCACUAGAACUUCAUGUUCUUAAGUCUACGGACUGGCAAGUUAAUUUUGAAUCUGGUCUUGUUUUGCUGUCUUGAAGAACUAGUGCUGAUAGUAUCAGAGAUUGGAAGAUAGUAUUUUGCAGGUAGUAUCAAGAGAUUGGAAGAUAGUAUUUUGCUGAUAGUAUCAGAGAUUGGAAGAUAGUAUUUUGCAGGUAGUAUCAAGAGAUUGGAAGAUAGUAUUUUGCUGAUAGUAUCAGAGAUUGGAAGAUAGUAUUUUGCUGAUAGUAUCAGAGAUUGGAAGAUAGUAUUUUGCUGAUAGUAUCAGAGAUUGGAAGAUAGUAUUUUGCUGAUAGUAUCAGAGAUUGGAAGAUAGUAUUUUGCUGAUAGUAUCAGAGAUUGGAAGAUAGUAUUUUGCUGAUAGUAUCAGAGAUUGGAAGAUAGUAUUUUGCUGAUAGUAUCAGAGAUUGGAAGAUAGUAUUUUGCUGAUAGUAUCAGAGAUUGGAAGAUAGUAUUUUGCUGACAGUAUCAGAGAUUGGAAGAUAGUAUUUUGCUGAUAGUAUCAGAGAUCGGAAGAUAGUAUUUUGCUGAUAGUAUCAGAGAUCGGAAGAUAGUAUUUUGCUGAUAGUAUCAGAGAUCGGAAGAUAGUAUUUUGCUGAUAGUAUCAGAGAUCGGAAGAUAGUAUUUUGCUGAUAGUAUCAGAGAUCGGAAGAUAGUAUUUUGCUG